AUGGAACAGGAGUUCAAUAUGACAAGUAAACAAAUUAUUAGUGAUGAAUUGAUGGCAUCAAUGCGAUUACUUGUAAUGACAGAACAGGAAUUGAAUGAUUAUGACAUAUCCAAUCUAUCAAAGUUAUUAACAACUAUGGUUAGUAUUGAGAAUGAAAGAAAUGUAUUGAGUGAGUUAGAAAAUUUAUUUGAAGAAAUGAAAACAGUCGCUUAUACAACGUCAUUAGAUGAUAAUGUAAAACGAUUAAAUGAUGAAGAUACACGUUUAUGUGAUGAAGAACGAUAUAGUCUGAUCUAUUUAAUUGGACAAAAAUCAAUAAUUCACAAAGUAUUAAUGUCAAUUCAGCAAAGAAGAUCAUUAUUAGAUCAAAAUCAAGAACAAGUCUAA